AUGAAUAACCUCAAUCCUGAUUUCACAUCGGAGAAGGCGCCACACACCUAUUCCACCGACAUGGCUAACGCCUCGAGCAACUGGAGCAUCGAGCCGCUGCUACCAUUUCCACCAAAAGACUGGGGCAGAAUGCUGGACCAGGUGCAAUACUGUCUUCUCGAGAAUAUGACCGCCGCAGAACUACUCCAGCUCCUGCAUAACAGCUCACGUGCUGCCACAGCCAUCGAGAAACACGAAGCUACGAUCGCCGACACAACAAAGAGAAGGGAGCACCAGCGGCUCCUAAUUGAGGUUCAAAUGUUCGAUUACUCCCGUUGCAUUUCGAUGGCCGACGGGCUGGGGCUUUGGCUGGGGCACAAAGGCCUCUGUGUCGACCAGAGUGGUGUUCCGGUCCUGGAUAGCUUUGCGCUCUUUGGAUGA